AUGCUGCUGGCCGUCCUGGUGGCCGUGCCCCUGCUGCUCCUGCCGGGUGCCACCCGCGGGGCUGCCCGCUACGAGAUGCUGGGCACCUGCCGCAUGGUGUGCCAGCCUUACGGCCCCAGCGGCCCGCCCAAGCUGGCCCCGGGGACGGCGCAGGGCAGCCCACCGGGCAUCAUCCCCCCUGGCACCGCCCCGGGCAUCCUCCCCCCACCGGGCACCCCCUCUCCCUUCUGGCUCCGGGGUCCCCCGGGCCCUCCCGGGCGGCCGGGCCCCCCGGGCCCUCGGGGCCCCCCGGGGGAGCGGGGCGAGGCGGGGAUGCCCGGUCUCCCGGGCCCGCGGUUGGCACCGGGGCCGGCCGAGGCGGGAGGGGGCAUCCCGGCGGGCACGGCCGGGCUGGGGCCGCCCCGGAUCGCCUUCUACGUGGGGCUGAAGAGCCCCCACGAGGGCUACGAGCUGCUCAAGUUCGACGACGUGGUCACCAACCUGGGCAACCAGUACGACCCCGCCACGGGCAAGUUCAGCUGCCAGCUGAGGGGCACCUACUUCUUCACCUACCACAUCCUCAUGCGCGGCGGGGAUGGCACCAGCAUGUGGGCCGAUCUCUGCAAGAACGGCCAGGUGCGGGCCAGCGCCAUCGCCCAGGACGCGGACCAGAACUACGACUACGCGAGCAACAGCGUUAUCCUGCGGCUGGACGCCGGGGACGAGGUCUACGUCAAACUGGACGGCGGGAAGGCGCACGGAGGGAACAGCAACAAGUAUAGCACUUUCUCGGGGUUCCUUUUGUACCCCGACUAAUAGGGUGUCCCCCCUCCACCCCUUCCCCCGCCUGCUGAAACUGCUGAGGAAAUGGAGUGGACCCCCUCCUUCCCCCCACCCCAAAUUUGGGGGGAGAGGUCAACCUGGCUUUUGUCCUUCGUUAAAGCUCUGGACACCCCUCUAUCUCCGCCCCCAGCCUGCACCUUCCACCCCGAUGGCCCUGGGGAAGGGACCCCGUAAGAUCAAAUCUCUGCCCACUGUUGGGUAGGGACUGUCUCUAUAUGUUGCCAACUUGUACU